GGACUGCCUCCUUACUGAAGGCGGACACUGCGCUCUCUGCGUCAGCGCGCACCGCACAACUCAUUCAUUUCCCCCAGACGGUGCCUGGUGUUUGUCUGGUACUCCUGCAUAAAGUCUCUUCCAUGUCAUUGAGGUGUUCAGAAGUGCAGUGAAGAUGGCCAUCCAUGUGGAAGGGCUGGUCGCGAUCGUCAUCUUCUACUUGCUGAUCCUCGGUGUGGGAAUAUGGGCAGCCUGGAAGAACAAGAACUCCGGCGUGGAGAGGGGAACGGACCGCAGUGAGACCAUCAUGGUCGGAGGAAGAGACAUCGGACUGUUUGUGGGAGCGUUUACUAUGACUGCUACAUGGGUUGGAGGUGGAUAUAUUAACGGCACAGCUGAGUAUGUGUAUCUGCCCGGUUUCGGCUUGGCCUGGGCGCAAGCGCCAUUUGGAUACGCCAUGAGUCUCGUACUUGGCGGCCUGUUCUUCGCCAAGCCCAUGCGCUCCCGCGGCUACGUCACCAUGUUGGACCCUUUCCAGCAGCUGUACGGAAAGCGCAUGGGCGGCCUGCUCUUCAUCCCCGCGCUCAUGGGGGAGAUCUUCUGGUCGGCCGCCAUCUUAUCAGCCCUCGGAGCAACGCUGAGCGUCAUCGUGGACAUCAAUAUUAACAUGUCAGUCAUCAUUUCGGCCCUUAUCGCCAUUUUCUACACCCUAAUUGGCGGUGUUUACUCAGUGGCCUACACAGACGUGGUUCAACUCUUCUGCAUCUUUGUGGGAUUGUGGAUCAGUGUACCGUUUGCACUGUUGAACCCUGCUGUGUCUGACAUCGGCCUGACUGCAGUGAAGGAGCUCUACCAGGAUCCCUGGCUGGGGUCGAUCGAAAGCACAGAUAAAUGGAUGUGGGCAGAUAACUUCUUCCUUCUGAUGUUGGGGGGAAUUCCCUGGCAGGUCUAUUUUCAAAGGGUUCUUUCUGCCUCUUCAGCUACCUACGCUCAAGUCCUGUCCUUCCUGGCUGCCUUCGGCUGUAUCAUUAUGGCCAUACCCUCCGUCCUGAUUGGAGCUAUUGGGGCCUCCACAGACUGGAAUCAGACAACCUAUGGGCCGGUCCCUCCCAUGAAGAAAGACGAGUCAGAAAUGAUUCUUCCAAUCGUGUUGCAGUACCUGUGCCCACCAUACGUGUCCUUCUUUGGUCUGGGGGCAGUGUCUGCUGCGGUGAUGUCAUCAGCUGACUCAUCCAUCCUUUCAGCCAGCUCCAUGUUCGCUAGGAACAUCUACCAACUGGCCUUCCGCCAGUCGGCAUCAGACAACGAGAUAGUCUGGGUUAUGCGGAUCACCAUUUUUGUUUUUGGUGCUCUGGCAACAGCCAUGGCUCUCCUGACAGGUACAGUGUAUGGACUCUGGUACCUAAGCUCAGACCUGGUCUACGUGAUCAUCUUCCCACAGCUCAUCAGUGUCCUGUUUGUGAGAGGUACCAACACGUACGGCUCGGUGGCUGGCUACUUCUUCGGCCUGAUUCUGCGCAUCGGUGGUGGUGAGCCUUACCUCAAACUACCCCCUUUUAUUUAUUACCCGGGAUGGUACGUUAUGGAAAAGGUGCACCACAGCACAGGGGAAGUAGAACAUCUGAUAAUGCAGAGGUUUCCGUUCAAGACGGUCUCCAUGCUGGCAUCCUUUCUGGGCAAUGUGGCCUUCUCCUAUUUGUUCAAAUAUUUGUUUGAGAGUGGCAAAUUGUCGGCCAAGUACGACUUUCUGGACGCGGUAGUGGCCAAGCACAGCGCUGAAAUCAUGGACAGGACCACACUAGUGAACAGGAAUGUUAUCGGGCUGAACGAGAUGGCACCAGUCCGGCCGCGUCUCAGCGUCACUUUGGCCAGCACCUUCAGUAGGAAGGAAACCCUCACUGAAGAGGAGGAGGACUCCAGCCCAGAGUCUCCUAGUCAUGAAAAUGAGUAAUGACUACUACCUUUUCAAUUAGGACUAUGGCCAUGAUGGGAAGGACAGCACCUCGUUAGAUGAAUGUCCUUGACAACGGAUGAAAAUGGACAGUUUACUUUAACCCUAUGUAUUGGAUUUUCCAUUGCUGCAACAGGAUAAACCAGAACGGCAAAACCAGGAGCAAGCAUGGAAAGCAGUGUGACAUAUUACAUGAUGUAUUACAUCAUUCCAAUGGGAAGCAGUUUUGCUGAAAUUUCAGUACACUUCAGUAUGGUAUGUAUAAUCCAUGAACUCAUUUUGCUCCUCAUGCUCUGAGGGUAAACUCUAGAUACUGUGACUUCAAGAUUCCCAUUGAGGCAAUAUUUAUUUCUCUGAACCUUAACCUAGAUCAGGACGUAUUUCCAAAACCUAAACAAAAUAAAAACAUUAGCAUUAGCAUACAGAGGUUUAAGGACCGUAUAGCCGAAAACAGAGUCCCAUGUUAUACAGUAGACCAUCGUUCAUAGCAUCUUAUCAUCUUGUAAUUCAAAUGUAUAAAAAUAGAGUUAUUAGCUGUUCCAUUACUCUAACAAAUUGUUUCAGUCCCAUUCAUGAUAUAUGAUAUAUGGCAUAACUGUGAGAUAAUUACACAUCCAGUAUAUUCAUAUUUGUUGUGUAAAAAAUGAGAACAGAUAUGGGGAACAAUCGCCUUAACUAGCUGCGACUUCAAAUAGAAAUUUCAAAUGGUUCCCUGCUCCCUACCUAGUGCACUAUAUAUCAGUUGCAGGUGCCAUUUCAGCUUGAUAUUAUGCAAACGGUCUGGCAGCCACUUUGUUAUAAAAGGAAGUCGCUGCUGUAAAAGACUCGUAAAGGAUACGUGCUGUGAUAUUUUAUCUGCAAACUCAUAAUUACUGUGUCUAGUCUGAGGUGAAGUCAGUGUUUAUUUGUUGUCUUUUUGCAAACAGAUUUGUGUGUGUGUGUGUGUGUAUGUGAUGUGUACAUAUAUACUGUAUAUAUUAAUAUAUUUUAAAAGUGUACAAAUUCAUAAUUUUAUUUUACAGUGUUGGUAGAGUUACUUGAAUCAGUGAGAAAAAAAGGUU